AUGAAUAAUAGCAUGUGCAGUCUAGUGUUAGAUGAGGAGAUUAAGGAGGCUGCUUUCCAAUUGGGAGCAAGCAAGGCACUGGGUUUUGAUGGUUUUUCCGGAAUAUUCUACAAUAAUUAUUGGGAAAUUAGCAGAGAGGAUUUGUGCAAGAUGGCAAAAGCCUUUUUCCAAGGAGAAUUUUUGGUGCAUUGCUUAAACAUGAUAGAGAUUGCUUUAAUUCCCAAGGUCCCAAACCCAGAAGCUGUCACGCAAUUCCGGCCUAUAGCCUUAUGUAACUUCACAUAUAAGAUCAUCUCAAAGAUUCUUGCUAACCGCUUGAAGCCAAUGCUUGCAGAGAUCAUAUCCCCUCAGUAG